AGCCUCUCCCUAUUAGGAUCGCGCUCUCACACAUACACAGGACGAACAUUACAGUUCUACAUCCAAGAAUCUUAAAGAAGAAGAAAAUGGCAACUUCGUCGCUUCUCAUCUUCUUCUGCAUUCUCUACUCCCUCUCCUUCACAGAUGGGGUUCAACUCAUUGUAGUGAACAACUGCAAGGAGAGCGUAUGGCCUGGAGUUCUUGGCACUGCAGGCCAGCCGACACCCAAAGAUGGUGGCUUCCAUCUCUAUAGCGGAGAGCAAGUAGACCUUGAAGUCCCGGAGGAAUGGUCUGGAAGAAUAUGGGGCAGACAGGGCUGCUGCUUCAAUGAAGAACCCGGCAAAAGAUCAUGCCAAACUGGGGACUGCGCAGGGCUCUUGCAUUGCCAAGGUGUCGGUGGAGUUCCCCCGGCCACACUAGUCGAAAUGACAUUUGGAACCUCCAAAUCCGCCUUACACUACUAUGAUGUGAGCUUGGUUGAUGGGUUUAACCUUCCGGUAUCAAUGGUUCCGAUAGGCGGUGGUGUUGGGUGCGGAGUAGCGGCAUGUGAGGCUGACUUGAAUGUUUGCUGCCCGUCUGCCUUGGUGGUAAAGCGGGAAGGGAAGGUAGUAGGGUGCAAGAGCGCUUGUUUGGCUGCAAAAACGGAUCGGUAUUGUUGUACCGGAGAGUUCUCCAAUCCAAAAAAUUGCAAGCCAACGGUGUUUGCCCAUCUUUUCAAGGCCAUAUGCCCCCGAGCUUAUAGUUAUGCAUACGACGAUUCUACAGCGCUUAAGAUAUGCAGGGCUUCUCGGUAUGUCAUCACGUUUUGCCCUCCUAAUUAAUGGAUGAUUUAGGUGUAUGUUUUAGUGUUGUUCAUAUAAGUGAUGUCUACUGAACUUGUAGUUGCUAAGGUUCAAGUUUUUCUUUGUUGUGGGUAAUUGGAGAGUUGAAGUUCGUUUCAUAUUAUGAAAGUUAAGUUGGUGUUGCCAAACUUCAAAAAGUAGAGGCCUAAGUUGUCUGC